AUCGGAGUAAAAUGACUGUCCAGCAUGCGCCACGCAAGUAGAGACAGCAUUCUGCAAAUGCGAUUCGGUUCAAUUAAAGCCUUGACCUCAGCUAGAGUUCUGAAACCUCAUCUCCUUGCAUUCUCCCACUCUCAACUGCGUUGGCGCAAUGCGGGGGUCCGAUGGCGGAGAUAUAUCCCUUCGCCGACUCGGAUGCCGCUUAUCAACCGGCCAUUUCCCCUCUGCCCUUUCUCCGCAACUCUUGGAGAGUACCACUAUAGAAAACCCUCAAACUACUGGUACGAAUCAGUCUAUACACGACUGAAUCUCUCAAAAUGACAGACCCUUCGGUGCUCGUGCAAUCUUUGACCCCUUCAGCCAUCCAUGAGGCCUACUCCCUCAUCCAACCCUACGUGCACCGCACGCCUCUCCUCACUUGUCAAACCCUCAACACCAUUGCCUCGGCGCCACAAUCUCCAGAGGCAUUGAGCGGUACCUCCUUCGAGGGCCAAACUCCUGCCAAUCCCAAGUUCCGUUUCUUCUUCAAAUGCGAAAACUACCAACGGAUAGGUGCUUUCAAGGCCCGGGGCGCCUUCCACGCUCUGCUACGACUCAUCGCCGAACGGGGUCAGGAGGAUGUGCAGAAAAGGGGUGUUAUUACACACAGUUCUGGAAAUCACGCACAGGCUCUCGCUCUGGCCGCCUCCACUCUCGGUGUUCCCGCCUACAUUAUCAUGCCCAGUAUUAGCACCCCUUCUAAGAUCGCUGGGACGCGCUCCCACGGUGCGGAGGUAAUUUUCAGUGGGUCCACGAGCGUCGAGCGCGAGGCCGUCGUCGCGGAUGUGCAGGCCAAGACCGGUGCAAUUCUGAUCCCACCCUAUGAUGACUUCAAUAUCAUCUGCGGCCAGGGUACCACCGCCCUCGAACUUGAGGAGCAGUACCGGGAGCUGGUGGCUGAGAAGCCCAACCUGAGCAUCCGCCAGGGUUCCACGGCUCUCGAUGCUGUCUUCACACCCAUCGGUGGGGGCGGUCUCAAUUCCGGUGUUGCAACCUUCUUCUCGGACAAGACAACUAAGGUGUUUGGUGCGGAACCCAGUUUCGAGGGUGCAGACGAUUGCCGGCGCGGACUGGAUGCCGGAGAGCGGGUUCCGGCAGUGUCCACACUGACCAUCGCGGACGGGUUGCGGACACCGGUUGGCUUGUUGAACUGGGAGGUGAUCUCGAACCGGAACAAGGUCGCUGGCGUAUAUGCUGUGACGGAGGAGCAGAUCAAGGCGGCAAUGCGUCUGGUUCUGGAACGCAUGAAGGUAGUAGUAGAGCCAAGCGCUGUGGUGGGUUUGGCCGUUUGCCUGUACAACGAGGAGUUCCGACGACUGGUCGAAAAGGAGGCUCCUGAGGGCUGGGAUGUGGGCAUCGUGUUUAGCGGUGGAAACACCACGGUUGAGGCCAUUGGAAAGUUGUUCAGCUAAGAAAGCAUUUAGAAUCUGCUGCGGGACACGGUCUCAAUCACAUCUGUACAGUGUACAUAGCUAGAUGAGAAAUGUAUCAGCCAAUGUCGACCCCAUCUCCUCCUAUGCGAAAGGCGAAUUUGCCGCCAUUACUUUGUUUCAAGCCCUCCAGCACCCGACGAGGCCAUUCCUCGCGUCUCCAUUCAUUCACCCAUCCGGAAAACCUUCCGCGACUGACAAUUUCUUGUCGACGAGGCGCUCCGCGCUGCGCAUUCUGCGCAGUCAUGGUAGGCGGAAAGGGGCGAACUGCAUCACGUUGAACAACAAUUCGCAGAGUAGGAAAUCUACCCCAAGGGGCUGGAAGAGCAGGCCCAAAAGAAGG